AUGAUGCGCAGGAGCCACAGAAAGUCCCGUAACGGAUGUUUGGAGUGCAAAAAGAGGCAUAUCAAAUGCGACGAAUCUCGCCCACACUGCAUCAACUGCACCACAGUCGAAAGGAGGUGUCGGUACUCAACCCCGUGGACGCCUACUGAGAGAUCGCCUUCAGAUCGCUCUGCCAGUCCACAGAUUGUGUCUACGGUGUAUGCUCCCACGCCGACUCAUCCAACAGAAGCUUAUCCGAGCCUGCAUCCCUUCGCUUCGGCGGAAAAUCCGCAUUCGACAGUCGAUAUGGUUCACAUGGAACUUUUGCACCAUUAUAUGGCUAACACUUCUAGUAUCCACCCGAUGGACACUUGCAUGAAGGGCAUCAUCAUGAAUAUCGCCCUCCGGGAGCCAUACGUGAUGCACUCGGUUCUCGCGCUCUCGGCCCACCACCUAAGCGCCAUCCGUCACGAUCGACAAGCCUUCUAUCACAAUCUAGCUAUCCAACUUCAAACGGACGCGCUCUCUCUCUUUAACAGCAUCGACGUUAGCCUGUUCGGUGAUUCUGUCGAGAAGCGCAUCCCCGUCUUCAUAUUUUCGUGCUUGCUUGGAUUCCACGCCCUCUGCGACACCCUAUCCCAUCGAGAUCCCGAUCCCGACUCUGCCAUUGCCCGGUUCCUGGGAUAUCUAGCCCUGCACCGCGGCAUGCACACCGUCAUGCACGGCUAUUGGGACCAGUUGCGACAGAGCGAGCUCAAAGUCAUCUUCGACGAGGUUGUACCACAGUGGUUCCGGGGGGUAAGCCAGGGACAGGAGUGCGACGGCAUCCGCGAGAGACUUGCAUCUGCGGGCUUAGACAACGAAGAGCUGAAAGCGGCUCAGAACGCCGUCGACCUCGUGCAAUGGGUCCUCGAUGCCAAACCAGGGCCUGAGAGUCGAGGAUAUGUCCUUUGCUCUUGGGCGGCAAUGCUUGACAGGCCGUUUGUUCGGAUGCUGGAGGCUCGUCGGCCCGAGGCUCUGGCGGUUCUUUCAUACUUCUUCCUCGCCAUGCAUCACUGCCGCGGGGAAUGGAUGUUUGGACGGGCAGGCCAGCACUUCCUGACCUUGCUUGCCGAGCAUUUUCGCGGCGGGAAGUGGUAUGCCUGGGUCGAGACCCCGUACCAGAUGCUGCAGGAAUCGUUGCGCCAGGAGGCGCUGAAUGGGCAGUCUCACGUUCCCGCUCCAUCGCCACAAUCAGAGCGGAUCGUGCAUCAUCCCGUCCCGAUGGCUCGGGACUUUACUGUCGAGCGGCCCGGGGAGUCGGAUGCGCCCCGCAUCGCCGAGAUCCACCUCGCCGCGAUGGGCUCGAAUCCGCUGCUACAUGUGCAGUUCCCCACCCCGGAAAGCCUCAAGUCCCUCCAACAAUUCUUGAGCACGCAUACGGCGGAGGAGCUCCGCGAUUCCACCAGCGGCGUGCUGGUUGCACGAGAGGUGGAGUCGGGCGUGGUCGUUGCCUUUGCCAAGUGGGAUUCGCCAUCGCACCCGGGAAACACCAAGUUGGAGAGCGGCGAUUUGAGGAAUCUAGAGGGGUGCCGACGCGAAUACCUCGAUCGCUAUGCGUCGCUUGCCGAGGAGGCCAAGGCGACAUGCUUCGGAGAUGGGCCCUGCUAUCGUUUGAACUUCGUCUGCACGGACCCGGUAUAUCAAGGCCAGGGUGCCGGCUCGCUGCUUACCAAAACGAUCCUCAAGAUGGCUGCGGCGGAUGGCUUGCCGGUUUACCUGGAAAGCACCGAGUGGGCAUUCAGCAUGUAUGAGCGGUGUGGCUUUCACGGUCUCCAUUCGUUUCAGAUGGACAUACCUCCCACGCCUACCUGCCAGAGUACGGUUUACUUGGAGUUGUGCAUGGUUUGCUACCCUCCGUCUUCCCCGAGCGGA